AUGCCACCCCCAAACCCAAACCCGACCCCCAUCCCGAUCCCCGCCUUCGCCCUCACCCAACAAUCCCUCCUGUUAGACGAACACAACGUCGAAAUCUCCUCCUCCUCGCUCGCCACCACCGCCGCUUCCGUGUCUCCGUCUACGCGCCGAACCUUACAAGCAACUGGCUACGCGCUGACGGGACUUCUCCUCUCGCAAUGUCGCAUUGGAACGGGCGGGCGCAUGGUCGGCGAGUUCGGUGCUGACGCGGCGAUUACGCAGAAGGGGGGUGAUGGUGACAAGGGAGAUGGCGGGGAGCCGAAGUUAGGAGCGCAUGGGAUUAGGGUGGGGGAUGUGGUGAGGGUUAAUGAGAUUGGGUCGGGGCCUACAGGUGGGAAGAAAGGGGGAGGAGGAGCAGGGAAGGAUAAAGCGGCGGGGAAGGAGAAAGGAGCACCGGAAGGUGUGGUGACGAGAGUUGGGGAGAGGAGUAUUUGGGUUGCGUUUGGGCAGGUGGGGGGUGGGGGACGGUCGAAGGAGGAUGAUGAGGCGAUUGAGGAGCUGUGGGGAAAGAAGCUUUGGUUCAUCAAACUUGCAAAUGAUGUGACACAUCGACGGAUGAAGAUGACGAUGGAGAAGAUGGCCAAAAUGACAGAAUCCGACCAUACGCAUUUCAUGCGAGUUGCCUUUGGGCAUGCGACGCCGCUGCAGCCCGACUACGAAGCUAUUGGGCCCGUAGACUUCCUCGACCCAACUUUGAACGAUUCACAAAAAGAAGCCAUCCGGUUCGGUCUGGCUUCCCGAGACAUCGCGCUGAUCCACGGCCCGCCGGGGACCGGAAAGACGCAUACGCUGAUCGAACUGAUUCUCCAAAUGGUCCAGCGGAAGCUCCGCGUGCUGGUGUGCGGACCGUCGAAUAUAUCGGUGGAUAAUAUUGUGGAACGGUUGGCACCCAAGAAAGUGCCUGUGGUGCGCAUCGGCCAUCCAGCGCGUUUGCUACCGUCGGUUCUGGAUCACUCGCUGGAGGUCCUGACCCAUACAUCGGACGCAGGCUCCAUCGUGCGCGAUGUCCGUAAGGAUAUUGACCAGAAGGUGGCCAGUAUCCGGAAGACGCGGUUCGGCCGGGAAAAGCGGCAAAUUUUUCAAGACCUCAAGGAACUACGGCGGGAGUUCCGCGACCGGGAGGCAAAGUGUGUGGACAACCUCGUGGGAGAGAGCAAUGUGGUGCUGGCCACACUGCACGGGGCGGGCGGCCAUCAGCUCAAGAACCAAAAAUUCGACGUGGUGAUCAUCGACGAGGCGAGUCAGGCGCUGGAAGCGCAAUGCUGGAUCUCGCUGCUGUCCGCGUCCAAGGUGGUUCUCGCCGGUGAUCAUCUGCAGCUGCCCCCUACGGUGAAAUCUACCCCCCAGAAGACCAAGACGCAAGGGGCCGCCGGGGAGGAUCCGGCCGACAAGGACAAGGCGGGGAUUGGCCGGGUUUCACUCGAGACCACCCUGUUUGACCGAUUACUGUCGAUGCAUGGACCCGGCAUCAAACGGAUGCUCACGACGCAGUAUCGCAUGCACGAGUCGAUCAUGCGAUUCCCGUCCGACGAGCUCUACGAAUCAAAACUGAUGGCUGGCGACGCGGUGAAAGCGAGACUAUUAAAAGAUCUGCCGUACGACGUGGAGGAAACCGACGACACCAAGGAACCCGUAGUCUUCUGGGACACGCAAGGCGGGGAUUUCCCCGAGAAGGCAGAAGACAAGGAAGUAGGUCAGAAGGAAGCACUGCUCGGGGAGAGCAAAAGCAACGAGAUGGAGGCCUUGGUGGUGGCCAAGCACGUGGAUAAUCUCGUGCAAUCAGGGGUGAAAGCCGAGGACAUCGCGGUGAUCACGCCGUACAAUGGCCAAUUGUCGGUUCUGUCGCAGAUGCUGCGGGAGAAAUACCCCGGUUUGGAACUGGGAAGUGUCGACGGAUUCCAGGGUCGCGAGAAGGAGGCCGUGGUGGUCAGCCUCGUUCGGAGCAACGAGGAGCACGAGGUCGGAUUUUUAGGCGAGCGACGACGGCUGAACGUGGCUAUGACCCGCCCGAAACGACAUCUGUGUAUCUGUGGUGAUUCAGAGACCAUCAGCAAAGGCAGCGGCUUUCUCAAACGCUGGAUGGGAUUCUUAGAGGAACAUGCGGAUCUACGGUACCCGGACGCCGGCGAGUUACUAUAA